UCGGGUCCUCCAAACUUCAACUUGCUUGAAUCUCCACUGAUAUACUGCAGAAUGACGACGUAUACACCGAAGAUUCCCUACGAUGUGAUCGUCGAGAUCGUUUCUUUUCUCCGCACCAAGAAAGCAGUUCUUUCACGCUGUUGCCUGAUUUCCAAGGAUUGGCGGGAGCUCUGCAGGCGUCACCUUUUUCGUACCAUUUCAUUGACGCUAUCCAGCCACAACCCAAUGAAAAUACAUCGAUUUGUUAAUUCCGUCGCGAACAAUCCCCAUCUAGGCAGAUUUAUUCAAGACUUGACAAUCUCUUCAAUAUUACAUGUUGACUUCAGGGCUCCACCGGUCAAAGUGUCAUCUCUCAUUUAUAUCAUGAGAGGACUUCCGAGGCUUCGUAGGCUCUCUUUGAAACUUCUUACUCUCGCUCCGGGGUCAAGCGACACAUCCUCGGACGACGCGUUUCAAUUGGAUCGUCUCUCAUUGGACGAAAUCGCCACUCUCUAUGUGGAAAAGCCGGUAUCUGGGUCGUUAGUCAUGGAAUUCGAAUUCCUCAGUCAUUUUGCAUCUACGAUGGAGUUGGACAUCAAACACUCCGGCAUGCAUUGGGGCAAAGACACUUUACCCCUCGCGGUGCCUCCCCCCAUGGUCAAAGUUUCCAAGUUGAUCAUCACCGACACUGAUGUUCUAUGGCUUUUCAAACACAGGUCGCUCGCUCUCGAGCAACUGGAGCUUAAAAUUCCGGUAUGGAUGGGAGACAAUGUUUCUGGUUAUACUGCUCAACACGCGUCGCCUGAUCUCCGUCUUACAUCAUUUCCCUCAAUGUCUUCGCUCAAGCACAUGGCUUAUAACUCUGUUCACCAAUACUCCGGUGACGGUCACAAAGCUUUCCCUUCACUGUUUAUUCUCACUCCCCGACACUCUCGAAACACUACCCUUUACGCCCAAGACUUUGGAUUAGGCUACAUUACUUACCGCUGCGUCAGUCGGGAUCCCUCGAUUAGAGCAAUUCCUGGUUUAUUUCUAUGAUGACUCGGAAGAACCGUCGCAACCUGAAUGUACGUUUAUGAUGGGGAAACGGGCAAUCGAAGCUGCAGGGUCGGCUUUAGUUGAGAAGGGAAUUGUUCAGAUUAUAUGUGGUGAACUCGUCAGCGAAUGAGUAGUGAAUCCUUCUUCAUUGACGAUGCUUUGGUUCUGAGUACCUGGCUGCGACCACUAUGUCACCUCACCUAGAAGCAAGAAAUGAAAGACGAGUCUGAUACGACUGGCUAUGUUCGAUACAUAACUCAGGUAGCCAUCAUUCGGCACUGAACAUUCAAUGUUCAACGUACGCGACACCGUGUCGAUAUUUUCCGAUGUUCGUGGAAAGACAAACGCGUCGCGUCUCAAACACGGUGUGACGCGUGACGACACGCGUCCAAUAUCCAAAAACAUGUCACCUUCGGUCUCCUAUUCGGCAACUUUCCGAUACUUUUCCGCUUCACCAAAAACAAAAAACGCAUGACAGAGAAUUAAACAAUUCCUCCUCAU